AGAUGUUCUGUUUACAUCCGCCGGCCAACACACAGCCGACCCUCACCGCGGCACCAUGCGCGUAGAUUUCUCCGGAGCUUUCUGCGAAUGUCUCCCAAGCGAUCCUUUGAUUCACACAUAACGCGUCCAAUGAAGACUUGCAAGUUCAGAAAUUGACGCAAUUGUGGGCCUUCAUCGUUUGAAGUCGACCACGAUGUCAUCACCUGGCAGGACAGAUGAAAAACCCUCGAGCACCCGAUGGCCCGAAAUCCUGUUCAUGUCGACGCUCGCCGGCUUCUCGAUGCUUCUUGGCUUCAGUGCGACGCUCGCGAAGACGAAGAAGGAUUGCCCCAAAGAUUUCACAAAAGGAAUGAUGGCUUCGGCGGAACUUCCUGAAAGCGGCACGGCGCUUGCGAUGCGCGCGCUCGGCAGAGGAACUCUAUACGCUGUUGGUGGAUUCAGUAUAUUCUGUUUCGCGGUGUGGAAGGCCAUGGGUGUCAAAGACUUAAAGGAAUUUCGCCAGAGAGCUGGGGAAGCCCUUCCCCGCAUCCCGAAGUCCGAAAAUCCAGGCCGGUCGGACUUCGAGAGUUUACGAGACUUCUUGCAAUACUGUAUAGACGAGAGUGAGAAGUCCAAGAAGAAGUAGUCUCAAGUUUGUAGGACUUGAUGAAAUCGCACAUGCCUCUCCGAUUGAAUGUGAAGGGUCUCGGUUUGUGAAAUAAACUUGAGGAGUGCC